UGUGUUACAUGCCGCUAGCUCGCGUUGCCAGCGCUGCAGCGUGUUUUGUGGCUUUACAGUACCGCUUAACGGCCCAAAUAAUUACCAGAACUCCUGCGACAAUUGCGCUUGCACGGCAAGACGCCUAAGGCAGACCUGACGCACUGCAGCCCUCUGCAGCAUGCACCACCUCCGACGCCAGGCGCCGCGAGCCCUGCGCACAAUCACGCGCCGCCUCGCAAGCGCAAGAGCCGAGCCCCAGUUUCUCCACCUGGCGCCGUCCGGCGACUUCUGGCUCGGUAGUAAGAUCUACGCCGCGAAGCACAACCCGUCGGACUACGUCAGAUCCUUACCCCUACCGGUGGGGCAGAUAAUUCCGGACGACUGCCCGCACGAAGCGUUGAUAAAAAUGUACGAUGCGAAGGAAGUGGACGCCGAGCAGUUGCGGCCGGCCUGGUCCGCCGGCGACCCGACCGCGGCAGUAGUGCCACCUGGUUUAUGUCAGCUCACCGAUGAGUUCACAGACUGUAUGCUGGAGGAGCGUACUUGGGUCACCGACGAUUCCUUCGUCGUGCGCUUCGGUCUACCCGAUGCGACGAAGCCCCUGAACCUGAGCACCUGCGCGUGCAUCUUAGCAGGACAUAAGGACGACGUAAGGCCCUACACGCCCAUUUCCACGAACGCUUUAACAGGAAGCUUCGAGUUGUUGGUAAAAGCAUAUCCGAAUGGUGCCCUAAGCCAGCGCCUGGCGACGAUGGAAGUCGACGAAGCCAUGCCCUUCAAACAUAUAAAAUUUAAUGUCAAAACCCAAUACCCCUUCUCCGCGAAGAAGGUCGGCAUGCUCGCUGGCGGGACCGGCAUCACACCCAUGCUCCAGGCCUUGCACGCGAUGCUAGGGUCACCGGACGAUGAGACGGAAGUCAGUUUGGUCUACGGCUCCAAGACUUCCGAGGGAAUACUAGCUCGCGAUGUAUUACAUGAGUGGGAGGCCGAGAAUUUUUGGAGGUUCAAAGUCAGUCAUGUGUUAGGCGGUGUUAUCGGCGAGGAUCAUGUGAAAAGGCACAUGCCACCACCGGAGGAGGACUGCGUGCUCUUCGUCUGCGGCCCGGACCUCAUGUACAACGCUUUGUGUGGCCCUCGAGGCGACCCCGAGGUGACGGGCCUGCUGAAGAAGCUGGGUUAUGCGAAGAGCCAGGUCUAUAAGUUCUAGUUGUGUGAAUUCGUCGCUAUUUGUUACCGUCCGUCCAAGGCCCCG